UGUAUCAAAACCGAGGCUCGAGGACCAGUUGAAAGUACCCAAGAAGCCAUGGCUCUAGAUUUGUCUCCUAAGCCAAGCAAGAAGAUCACUGAGGCAGAUGGUGGAUUUUAUGCUGCUUGGUCAGGUGCAGACCAACCCGCACUUAUCGAUUCAAAGGUUGGAGCUGGCAUCCUUGGUUUGAAGCCACUUGGUUUUGCGCUCCCUCACCGUGCGGAUUCACCAAAAUCCGGCUAUGUCCUUGAAGGUAGAGGAUUAGUUGGAUUAGUAUUGCCAGGAGAUACUAAAGAAAGGGUAUUGCUGCUGAAGAAAGGCGAUGUUAUAACCCUGCCACCAGGAAAUCUCUCAUGGUGGUACAACGAUGGGGAUACUGAUUUCUCUGUCGUGUUCUUGGGUGACACUUCUAGAGCUGUGCACCCUGGAGACAUGGCCUACUUCUUCUUGGCAGGAGGCGUAGGCAUCUUCACUGGCUUUUCAAUGGAAGUCCUCAAGAAGGCCUGGGGUGUAGGGGAAGAAGAAGCCAGAAAGCUGCUCAAGAGCCAACCUGGGCUAUUAAUUAUCAAACUUAAAGAAAGGCUGCAUGGCAUUAAGCCUUCUGAAACUGAUGCUGAAGGGAUAGUACUAAAUACUGAACAUGCACGCUUAGGCACCAAUAUAGAGAAAGGUGGCCAUGCUGUUGCAGUGAGAAGUGCUGAUUUAGCUGUGCUAGAAGAAGUUAGCUUCUCGAUCAAUUUUACGAAGCUGGAACCCAACGCCAUUCGCAUGCCGGGAUUCUUUUUGGAAGGAUCUGCUCAGCUGAUAUAUAUCAUCAAAGGGAGUGCACAUGUUGAAAUUUCAGGCACUGAUGGCAAAGGAGUUUUAGAUACAGAGGUGAAGGAAGGGUGCUUGUUUUUGGUGCCAAAGUUCUUCGCAGCAGCCAUGAUUGCAGGUGGUGAAGGGAUGGAGUGGUUUUCAAUCAUCACAGAUAAGAAGCCCAUAUUCCGUCAGCUAACAGGGGCGGCAUCACUUCUGAGCACACUAUCUCCACAGAUCCUGGGAGCUGCUUUCAAUGUGACUCCGGAUCAUGUGAAGCUUCUGACGCCAAAGGAGAGCAUAUAGGUUAUUGUGUUUACCUCCAUAACCUAAGAAUAUCUUGUUGAAAAAUAAUGCACUUCCUUGGACUGUGAGGAAUAUUCUGGAGUAACAAUUAAUGUUGUCGAAGUAUUUAGGAUGUCUAAGUGUCAAUAUUUCAGAUUUCUCUUAGUCUGAAAUUAUUUAAUAGUGUGAGUCUGUUCAAUUCUCCAUGGAAGAUAUUUUCUGUUCCUAGAGUCGCCUAGCUAAUAGUAUAAACGAGUAUUGCCAACUUAUGGUAAUAAAAAUUAGAGAAUUUCUUCUCCAAA